AGUGUGGAGUGACCUUAUCGCUGAGCAGCAUCCAGCUGCCUCCCCGCUGGAGCAGAGGGAUGUUUCCUCAGAGCUGUGCUGCUGCUGCUGCUGCUGCUGCUGCUGCUGUGGUGUAGAGGGGUUGUUCCCUCAGCAGAUCCCAGCUCAGUCCGUCCAGAGCAGCGGCGGGGAUGAGCGCUGGGGACUAGGCGGCAACGCAACGACGCAUUUCACAGUGAUGGCCUCAGCUGCGCAGCUGUGCCGGUGAUCCUGCCGCUGCACGUAAGGAAGAAGCAGAGACGCCUUGACAACCGACCUACCUUCCUCUCUCUCUCUCUCUAAAAACAAAAAAAAAGGCAGAGAGGAAAAAAGAAAACAAACCAGCAUAAACAAAUGCGACCAUGUACAGCGUGGAGGACCUCCUCAUUUCUCAUGGAUACAAACUGCCCAAGCAUACCACCUCUUCCUCCACCCCUACCCCAGCCCCCGCGUCCUCGUCCCGCCAGCCUCCCUCGUCCUCACCGCCGUCUUACAGCAAGCACCAUGAAAUCCUGGAGAACAGGCCCGGCCCCAGGACAGUGAACGGCUAUGAAAGAGGGCCCGGGGUGCCCUAUGGGAACGGUGGCGGACCCAGGCAGCCCCAAGCGUUCGGCAGCGGCUGUCCCAACAACAACAACGAACCCCGUGACAGGAGUCUGUCCAGGAGGGAGGGCGAGAAUCGGAGCCAAAUUGACACCCACUCCUUGGGAGAGUCGCUGACCUCAGACAGCGGGUUCUGUGAUGGCACCAGAGGUCCUCAGCCGCAAUCCAAGGAUGUGUCCUACUGGAGGAGGAGAGGCCAAGACUUCACUGUGCUGCUGGACUAUGCUGACCUCAGAGAGUCGCAUGGAGGAGGGCAGGGGGGUUAUGUCAGACCGGAAGGGCCUCAACAAGCAAGAGGCCAAGAGUUGUCUGCAGAGGAGCGUCAGAGGAUAGCCCAGGAGAGGCAGCGCUGGGCAGCCCAGGCCCAAGCUCAGGUGCAGGCUCAAGCCCAGGUCCAGGCUCAGGCCCGCUCCAGAGAGAGGGAAGCUGCUCUCCAUCAGUGGAGGAUGGCGAGCGAGAGGAAGUGCCAGAGCCUUGGCACAGAGGAGUGGCGUCCAGCCGUGAGUUUUGGCCGCCAGCUGUCACAGAAUGAGGGUGAGCGAUGGGCACAGGAGCAGCAGCGGCUCCAUGCCAGGACACCAGAGGGUAUGGUAGUCCAUCCAAGGACCAAAGCCAAGUCCCAGUCCCUGCCCAGGAUGCUGCAGCCUGAGAGCCUGCAAUAUGUGGACAUAGACUCGUCCGGUCUGGAACUGUACAGGCGGGUCAAUGGCCACCCACUGUCACACCAUGACUUUUACAGGGCACCGCGCUGGCCGGAGAAUGGCAGGCCGGCCAGCGCCAACCAACUCUCAAUGACACCAAAGCCCCGCUUCACCCGACCCCCCAGACCUCCCUCUUAUGAGAUGCACCAGCAGAUUAGGGGAAGCUGUGAGAUGCUGUCUGGGAGAGACUCAGUGAUCCCCCAGGCCAGGGACAGAACGCCACUUCCCAUAUCAAGGACAGGGGACCCCCAACUGGACUAUUUUGCACAGGACUCUGGACCUCCGGGAUACAUCCCUCCCCCGUCUUAUAAAAGAGUUCCUAUAAUGGGAGGGCGGCGGGCAUAUGGCGAAAUUGCUGUAGACUACAGGUACAGAGGGGACAUGUACCAGCAAAUACAAGUGGCUCCAGACGGAUCUCACUGGUUCACAAGACAUCCAGCCAGUCCCUGGCCUGAUCCACAGAGAGAAAGGAGCUUGUCCAGCCAGAAGCAGCUUUAUCCCGUGUAUACUACCCAGCAGCACCCUGGUGGAGGGAUCCAAUACAUCCCCUUUGAUGACCCCCGCAUCCGCCAUAUUUCCUCAGCCCUGGGUGGCAACUCCCUGACGGACGCUGACAAGAUCCGGCACAUCCGCAAUGAGCUUCCCAGCGUCACCGUGUCAGAGCCUCCAUCCAAUGACAGUGCCUUUUUGCCCCCGCCAUUGGGGCCUUUCAUCGCUGCCAAACUGGCCGAUGAUGUUAACCCGACGUCUUCUAGCGACUUCGACAAUGACAAUAACAGGUGGCACAGUGAUUUGCACAAAGAGGCUGUCGAUAACUUCCCAGCAACUGACCAAAAUUGCAACAACAGAUAUCCCAAAAACCAACGUCCUCCUUCAUCUCCCUCUUCAGCCUUCCAGGCCCCAAUAACAAGAAGUUGUUCUCGCCAGGGGUCCAGCUCAGAUCAGGUCUUUGCAGAAACCAUCACCCAAGUGAAGAAAAUUGCCCCAGAUUCAGGGCCAGAGAACACCAAGAGAAGAGUGAGUGAGACCAUCUUCUGCCUUGUGUCUGUUCCUGUUCACACACCGACUAACAUUAGCAAAGACUUAGCAGCGGAUCAGAACAACAAUGAAACAAUACCAAGCCUGACUGUCACCAACACAGAAACUUUCGCUGUAGGCCUCAAAGAGAGCCCCAACGUGCGGAGCAAGUCGGUGAACGAGAUGCCCAUCAGACACCACUACUCUUACUUUCACACCAGCAGCACAUCCUCAAUGAGGAACUACAAGAGGGCUCCUCUAAGGAAGGAGAUAAUAGAUGCCUGGGCACUUCAAGCCAGUGAAGACAAAGAAUUAUGCUAUGCUGGUUCCUGGCCUGGAAACCAAUAUCGUAACCAGGAAACCCAGACUGGCUCACCUUUGACAGUGGUGAAAAGCCCCGAACCCCAGAGUCCUCCUGGAGGACAAGAGCCUGUUCAGUCUGUGUCAGACACAACCACAGACGGUGUGGGGACAGACAGUAGCUCUUAUGGUUACCCCAUGGCAGGCCAGAAAAAUCUUAAUCCCUCCAGCAACAGCGCCUUCUCCCGUCUCAGCCUCAGCCCAGCACAACCAACAUCCCCUCAACCAUCACAACAAGACCCACCCUCCCCAUCAAAGGUCCGGGACCUUGGAGACCAGCAACAAUCCUCCCCAAAGAAGAGCAACUCAAGUCCCCCAGAGAGUGCAGAGCAAGUGACCUUUGGUCAGUUUCUGUUAAAACCAGUGAACCGACGACCCUGUGAUGCCAUUGGGGAACUGGAAACCAUUAAUAAGGAGAUGGAAGACACAAUCAGCAAGAGACCCAAUGUGGUUCAGAGCAUUGACGAUCUAGAUGGGGUGAAUAAGAGAUAUGGCCGGUUUAAAUCAGGAGCACAUUUCACUGCUGGUCCAGAACCAGGCAGGGAAGCAAUCAGUCUUCCACCAAUGCACAUAGAAAAACCCAACCAUAUAGAAGUCAGAUCAAAGUCUUUUGCUUCUACAGCUGAUCUAGACUCCAUGGACAUGAAGAGUGCUUUUUCAAGGCAACAGACAAACAACAUACCACCAACAAAUGAGCUAUCCAUAUUCUCCAACCUAGGCCCUAGAGAUAGUUGCCUCCUGCCCUCACUAUCUUCACCCAGUGAGUCAAACCAUAUCUAUAGACAGGACAUCCCGGUCCCUCAAGAGUCCUUGCUGAGGGAUGUAGGGUUAACUGUCUACACAGAGACUCCUGGUGGUCCUGGGGAGCCAAUGCAGCGCUCCCUCUCAGUCCCAUCUCCUCUAGAUCCUAAGGAGCUUAGUCAGUCAGUGCAGCUCUCAUGGGAGAGCAGGACAGCACUUGUUAAAAAUAGUGGUAGCCCCGAGCACAAUUCAUAUAAAGAGCUUCAAGCUGAUGUAGAGACUGAGAAAGAGGCUAAAUCAGACAAUGUUCCAGCAUUUAGGGGUGAGGUGAAUUUAAGGAUCUGCAGAAGCAGGAGUGAAAGUAGCAGAUCACCUCAGAAAGAGGCAUCAACACAUAUCACCAGGCUUACCAGGGAGGUUUCUUUUGUGUUACAGGAUGACGAUGGUGAUGGGAGAUACGCCAUCUCUGAGCCUCUGACCUAUAAAAACGAGUUAACCAUGGCAGAUAAGCACCUGGAGAACUUACUAAAUCAGGAGAAAGCCAAUUCUUUACCUGCAGAGGAUCUCAGCAACCUGUAUGAGGUAAAAUGUGCAAAAGGUAUCCCUGAAAAUGAGUCCAUCCAGCAGAGGGCUGCCAGAAUCUUGGGUAUAGCUAUUGAAGUGGAAUCCUUGGGUGUUGCUGAUAAACAGUCAGAGGACAACCAGGACGAUAUGGAUGCCACUGGAGCAGAGAAACCACAAAGUCAAGGUGAAGAGACACAGCAGGUGAUAGGAGAGUGUGAGCAAGUGGAAGAGGACGCCUUGACUGGCCAAGUAGCAGAGAAAGAGGAGGUCAAGGUGAAUGAACCAGGAGAGGACCAUGAAGAAGCAGACAAACAAAAGCACAGUAGUUACCACAGUGAUGGUGAAGACAAUGAAGAUACUGAGUUUCAGUCCCUGGUGGUACUGGAUUUGCCCGAGUUCCCCCCUCCUAAGCUUCCCCUGUCCCUCCCUGUAACCCCUGAUGACAAGCUAGCACUGAGCAUGUGCAGUGUGGAGAGGAGGGGGCGAGGUGGAGCAUGCAAAUUAAUCGAAUCACUACAAGAUAAGCUAAACUCCUCCGCCUCUUCAUCUGCUUCAUCUUUAGGCAGGUCUACUCCAGACAGAAUGGCCCGUCUGAAAGAGCUGGACUCAGUGUCUCGAAUCAGGCGCCUCAGCCUCAAAGGUUCAGAGUCUGGAGGAGAUUCUGAGGAGCAGGAUGGUGACAGAGAGGACAGUGAAGUCCAGGAAGUGACAAAGGAGGACAUUGUGGAGCAACAAGAAGAUGAAGAGGAUAAGAAACUGGAGGAAGAAGGAGGGAAAGAGGAGGAGAAGUUAGAUGAAUGUGCACAUGAAACACACAAGUUGGAAGGUUCUGAAGAAGAUUGUAGACCUAAAGAAGAAACCAAUGAAGAGUUAUGUGAGGAAGAGCAAAGACAGGAGGAGGAGACUGAAGAGAUGAAUGUUGAGAUUGCACUAAAAGAAGACGAUGAAGGGAGUAAAGAAGAAGUUGUUACAUUAAAAACAGAAGAGCCAGAUGGAGAGAUGGAGCUGAAAAUGUUGGAGGAUGACAAAGAAAAGUCUUCAGAGAAGGUGAAAGACGGACAGAUACCAGUGGAGGUUAGAGGAGCUGAGACGACACAAAACGCUGAGGGAGAAAAGUUGCCGACACCAAAGCAGCGCACCAGGCGGCUGCAGAAGCCUCCUCUGCUUCCUAAACCUCGCAGUGUUCCCAAGAGAGAAAUAACGCUGCCUGUCAGCUUCAGCACUGGGACCUGUGGCCCCUCGAAUAUGGAGGAGGAGGAGGUGCUCUCUGUCUCAGACUCCUACGACCCCAGCCGAGUGGAGAGAGUGUAACCCCUGACACUGCUUUCGCCACUGUGGAAAUCUGUCUUUCUCAAGUUAACAGCUUUUUCCAACAACAAAGGCUUUCAUCUCACCUCACGGCUCAGUCAGUCGUCACGACCCUUCCAAUAUUGUUACGCAUUACUUCUCACAGAACUGACUGUCCUGGUGCUGCGAGAGCAUUUUUUUUACAGCCAAAUGAAGGCGCCGCCGGUGCCAAUUCUCCAGGCCUUUUCAACCUCGACGUCCUCGGCCUUCCAUUCUCUCCACCUCUCUCAAAAGUUUAUUUGCUCGAGCAAGCAGACUUCCUCUUUUUGAAGUUGUCUUAUUUUGCUUUUGGAAAAAUGCAUGUCAUUAUUCCCGUCUGCACUUGGGCUCCUUCUUGAGCUCUGGGUGUCGAAAUAUGAAUGUAAAAGUGCUUCUGCUCAACAAACAUAAGAAAUGUAACAGAAAAAAAAGAAGGCAACAGUAUUGCAUUACAAUCAGUAUUAACCUACACCAAAUGUAAAUAAGAAAGAGUUAUAAGAUUUUAUUAAGAAUAUAAAAAAUAUCAAUUUAAGUCAUUUAAUUGCUGAAGAAAUGUAUAUUUUCUUAUCUAUGUUAAGAAAAGACUAGAUUUUUGGAAGUGUAGUCUUUGGGUGUAUUACUAAUAAUGAAACCCCCUGUUCUUUAUUCUUAUACUUGUGUGAUAGAGAAUGUACUCAGAGAGCCUGGAUUGCAUUGAGAAACACUGUGGUCUUUGAAUAGUUUCACUAAGAGCAAUAUAGUCGUCAUAUACAGGACAUUUGUGACACGAUUUGAGUAGUUAAGUCUCCGUUUCAAGGAGCUGAUCUCAUUUUAACGUCUGCUUUAAAGCUCUACCUUCUGGUACAAGUGUUGGGUUUACACUGCUGAGAUUAUUGGCUCUAUGUUACCACCUGAUAAUCUCCUCAAAAAAUCAGAGAUUACACUCGGAGGGAUUCACAUCGGCACCCCGGGCACCGUCAGUCUCAGCAUCAGCAAUCGCAACACUUAAAUCUGAUUUUCGUGUCAUUUUUAUUUAUCCUCUCACUGUUGAAGAAGAUAUAUUUUGUGGCAUUAACAGAAGUCUAUAUUUAACUGUGGAGUUUUCCUUUUGUUCACAUCUGUGUGAUUUCAAAAGUGCUUUUUUUGCAGGAAACGAUAGAUGUAGCUAUAUUGAUCGCAGUGUGCCUUGAACACACUGUUUCUGUGGAGAACUUCAUUUGUGUGUCACACAUCCAGUAUUGUCGGUUUACGAAUCCUAUUUUUAACUGGACAUCGGUGAUUCAUUUUGCUUUAAUGGAAACAUUUGGAGUUGUUUUGGCAAUAAUGAUAAUAUUCAGCUGAAGAAGCUUAAUAUUGAUGCUGUACAGAACAUUGUUGUUGGAAUACUAAUCACAGUAUCUGAACAAUAAUUUAAUGUUGACAUAUCAGUGCUUUUGUGUGUUGUGGGCAUAACUGGCAAUUGGUUUACACUCACUUCACUUUAUGGGGUAGCAAUACAAAAAAAGAAAAAAAAAAACCAAACCAAACUUUAUGCUAUGCAUUGGACAGCUACAUUUCCUGGGUUUAUUACCAAAAUUCAAAGCUAAAACUGCAACUUUUGGUUUGCUUGUUUGACCCUGUCACUCUCUGAUCCAGUGUUUGAUGUUGAACCUGUUGGAUCUGGUCGUAGACGUGUGUAGUGGCUCUGACUGGAGUCCAUCAGUGAAAGCUCAGUGCCAGGUUUUGUCUUUGUCCUGUUAUCCAACCCAGUACCCGUACCUCUGUGCUCCAGGUAAUGUGUUAUCUGGUCAUUCUCGUAGGUCUUUUUGUACUGCAAGUUCUUUGUAACAUGAAUAGACUAUUGGUGCACAUCUUGCUUUGAUAUUUUCUAUUUUCAUACAGGAGUAUGUACAGUUUCUUUUGUAUGCGCGACAUCUUUUGUUUUUCCUUCUUUUUUCGUGCAUGAAAUGCGUAAGAAGUCACAGAGAGAAGGUGUAUUUGCAUAUAAUUGCAUUUGGUACUAUAUAGUCUAUCCAAUAAACAACUGUUAUAUUUCAUAUAAUGUAUAUUUUAUUUUCAAAAAGUUAUGCUACAUAUUUAAAACAGAACAAGGUAUUUUUAGAUUAUUGUGAAAAGGGAACUGUUUUUGAAGGCACAAUAUUUGUCUAUAUCUGAAAUGGUCAUUCGGAAUGAUCAGAAAUAGAGACAAGUGUGUGCUAUUGUAGAGUACUGCAGACUAUUCAUAAAUAAAAG